AGUGAGGGGCCGGAUGGCCGGGCGGCUCCGUGGAACACAGGGCGGGCGGCGCCCCGCUCCCCUCGUGCCCGUUUAACAGCUGGGCUCAGACCCCGGCGUCAGCGAGCGCGGAGCUGGGGGGGGAGGGGGGCAGCGCGCCUCACGCCCACUGGCUGUUUGUGAAAAGAAAGACGCAGCUAGCGCCCGGCAACAGAAUCGACCCUUCCCCGCCCGCGCGCUCUUCGCAAGCCCGGGGACUACAGCUCCCAGCAUGCAAUUGGGGCCGGGCAAGGGCAGUUAGCGCAUGCGCCGCCCAGAGACGGGUGAAUGUACUUCAUUUCUCAGCCGGGCGCGAUCCCGUCACGCCCCUGGGCGAAGCGCGAACCCCAGUUCCGUUUUUCUCCUCACAGUGCGAGGUUUUGUGGCGGAUGGUAAAGCCGGUCCUGUGACUCAUCGACGCAGUGUGGCUCGAGGGAAGAAAGGGCCGGGAGCGGGGGUACGCUACGCAUUUCCUUCCCAACGUCACUUCCGCUCGCCAUUUUGUGCCUGAGCCGGGUGAAGUCGAGAGCGUCGCCCGCCAGCGCCGCCAUGACGGACCGUUACACCAUCCACAGCCAGCUGGAGCACCUGCAGUCCAAGUACAUCGGCACGGGCCACGCGGACACCACCAAGUGGGAGUGGCUGGUGAACCAGCACCGCGACUCCUACUGCUCCUACAUGGGCCACUUCGACCUGCUCAACUACUUCGCCAUCGCCGAGAACGAGAGCAAGGCGCGCGUGCGCUUCAACCUCAUGGAGAAGAUGCUGCAGCCCUGCGGCCCGCCCGCCGACAAGCCGGAGGAGUCCUAGCGCCGCCCUCCCAGGGGAACCCCCCCUCCGCGUCCCGCCCCCCCCCCCCCACUUUUGGACCCUGCCCGGUUUCCCGAGAGCUCGCCCGCCCGCAGGGGAGCGAAGCCGGGAUGGAUUUGGGGCGGGGGCGGCUCUCGGGAGGAGCGAGAAGAAGCUGCCUCGACGCCGCCGGGGGUGGGAGCCUGGGCUGGCCGCGUUGUUUCCUCCCGCUCCCGACUGCGAGCGAGCCCGGCAAACGCAUUGCUCCGCCGUCCCGCCACCAGCAGCGACCGUGGCCCGGGAGGGAGCCGGGACUGUGCCAGACCCCGGGCGGGGGAACCUGGACCCGCCGCUUCCCGAGAUGGGGCCUAACUACGAGGAAAGCACGUGUCUUCGCGACCAGCCAGUGCGGGGCCCGCUGCUCCUGAGGGGACUCGAGGGACUCGGCCGCGAGCCCUUUCCUGCGGGGUAGCAUUGUUUGCAACCCCAUGCCACACUUAGUUUAGCUAUACGGAUUUUUUUUAUUUGUAUGGGAAAUAAAAAUGCGUUGAGUGAUUUCAAA